UGGGCGCCAAAAUCGAAAAGUUGCGCCAAGCCCCCAAAAGGGGACGCUCCAUUACGUGCCCUAAUUUCCCCUGAUUCCUUCGCGUUUCCCCUCAAAUCUCAUGGUGGGUCGCUUUAAUUAGUGCCUAUCUGGCCCCACGAAGACAACUCACCUCCAGCCAAUUUCGAACCCUCCCUGUUGAAAUCUUCCCAACUACGACGAGCCAGCACAUAGAAGAAAAACUCGGUUUUUGGCGCCAAAGUUUCAAACUUUACCCGAAUUGGCCACAGUAGAGGGAAAACCAGGCCGACCCUGAAUUACGAAUUUCGAAUUCAGUCUUCCCGAGCACGCAGGCGCACCUGGGGCGCUAUAUAAAUCCGACCCAUCUCCCGCUUUGGAUUGUGCGAGCGACCUGUUUGAAGAAAUUCCUCAGAGACAGAGAGAGAGGGAGAGAGAGCGGGGGUGAGGAGUGAAGAUGUAUGUGGUGAAGAGGGACGGGCGCCAAGAGUCGGUGCACUUCGACAAGAUCACCGCGAGGUUGAAGAAGCUGAGUUAUGGGUUGAGCACGGAGCACUGCGACCCUGUCUCGGUGGCGCAGAAGGUCUGCGCCGGGGUCUACAAGGGCGUCACCACCAGCCAGCUUGAUGAAUUGGCAGCAGAGACCGCCGCCGCCAUGACCGCCAAUCACCCUGACUAUGCUUGCUUGGCUGCUAGGAUUGCUGUUUCGAAUCUUCACAAGAACACCAAAAAGAUAUUUUCAGAGACGAUCAAGGAUAUGUACUACCAUUUCAAUGAGAGGUCAGGGCUAAAGGCUCCUCUGAUCGCUGAUGAUGUUUAUGAGAUAAUUAUGAAGAAUGCUGCUCGUUUGGACAGUGAAAUCAUCUAUGAUCGAGAUUUUGACUAUGACUUCUUCGGUUUCAAAACACUUGAGAGGUCUUACCUUCUGAAGGUCCAAGGGAAGGUUGUGGAAAGACCACAGCACAUGCUGAUGAGGGUUGCUGUUGGAAUUCACAAGGAUGACAUCGAUUCUGCCAUCAAAACAUAUCAUAUGAUGUCUCAGCGAUGGUUCACACAUGCUUCUCCCACCCUGUUCAAUGCAGGAACACCUCGGCCCCAAUUAAGCAGUUGCUUCCUUGUGUGCAUGAAAGAAGAUAGUAUUGAGGGCAUAUAUGAUACCUUGAAAGAGUGUGCUGUUAUCAGCAAAUCAGCUGGAGGGAUUGGUGUAUCUGUUCAUAAUAUCCGUGCCACUGGUAGUUACAUACGUGGGACGAAUGGAACAUCCAAUGGCAUUGUUCCGAUGUUGCGAGUAUUUAAUGAUACAGCUCGUUAUGUAGAUCAAGGGGGUGGCAAGAGAAAAGGUGCUUUUGCUGUCUACUUGGAGCCUUGGCAUGCAGAUAUCUUUGAGUUUCUUGAUCUCAGGAAAAACCAUGGGAAGGAAGAGCAUCGUGCUCGGGAUCUGUUUUAUGCCCUUUGGGUGCCUGAUCUAUUCAUGAAAAGGGUUCAAAGUAAUGGGCAAUGGUCACUUUUCUGUCCAAGUGAAUCUCCAGGAUUGGCAGAUGUUUGGGGUGAAGAAUUUGAAAAGUUGUAUUUGCGCUAUGAAAGAGAGGGUAAAGCAAAGAAGGUUGUCCAGGCCCAGACUUUGUGGUUUGAAAUACUGAAGGCUCAAAUUGAAACUGGAAACCCCUACAUGCUUUUUAAGGAUACAUGCAAUAGAAAGAGCAACCAGCAGAACCUAGGUACCAUCAAAUCUUCCAACCUCUGCACUGAGAUUAUUGAGUACACAAGUCCAACAGAAACAGCUGUGUGUAAUCUUGCAUCUAUUGCUUUGCCUAGAUUUGUCCGAGAGAAGGGAAUGGAAUCAAGUGCAUCCAAGCUUGUCGGGAGUAGGGGAUUUAAGAACAGAUAUUUUGACUUUGACAAACUGGCAGAGGUUUGCAUUAUAACUCACUGCAUACACUAUUUGCUAUGUGAUUCCAUUACAUUUUGUGAUGAAGCUUAUGUCCUUGUAAUGUCUGGUCAGGUUACUGCAAUUGUUACUACAAACCUGAACAAGAUUAUUGAUGUCAAUUACUACCCUGUUGAAACUGCUAGAAGGUCAAAUUUACGACAUAGGCCAAUUGGCAUUGGUGUGCAAGGACUUGCUGAUACGUUUAUUUUGCUUGGUAUGGCAUUUGAUUCGCCAGAGGCUCAGCAGUUAAACAAAGACAUCUUUGAAACCAUAUACUACCAUGCUUUGAAGGCUUCCACUGAGCUGGCUGCAAAAGAAGGGUCAUAUGAGACGUAUGAAGGAAGUCCUGUCAGCAAGGGUGUUCUUCAGCCAGAUAUGUGGAAUGUGACUCCAUCUGAUCGAUGGGACUGGGUUGCUCUUAGGAACAUGAUAUCAAAGAAUGGAGUGAGGAACUCACUUCUUAUAGCUCCCAUGCCGACUGCCUCGACCAGUCAAAUUCUUGGGAAUAAUGAGUGCUUUGAGCCUUAUACUUCCAACAUAUACAGCCGAAGAGUUCUAAGUGGUGAAUUUGUUGUUGUGAACAAACAUCUUCUUCAUGACUUAACAGAGAUGGGUCUUUGGUCUCCAUUUGUCAAGAACAAGAUAAUAAUUGAGAAUGGCUCUGUUCAUAAUAUUUCAGAGGUUCCUGAAGAGCUAAAGCUUAUAUACAAGACUGUGUGGGAGAUCAAGCAGAAGACGUUGGUUGACAUGGCUGCGGACCGUGGAAGCUACAUUGACCAGAGUCAAAGCUUAAAUAUUCAUAUGGAUCAACCCAAUUUUGGAAAGUUAACAUCCCUACACUUCUAUGCAUGGACCAGGGGUCUGAAAACGGGGAUGUACUAUCUGCGGACCCGUGCUGCAGCCGAUGCAAUCAAGUUCACAGUGGAUACUUCAGUGAUCAAAGAACCUGCCGCAGCCCAAGAUGACGACACAAAAAUGGCUCAGGUGGUGUGUUCCUUGACAAACAGGGAAGAAUGCAUGGCAUGUGGAAGCUGAAAAUGAGUUCACCAAACAGAUGCACAAGACCCGGUGCUUCUGGGUCCGGCCCAGCCGUUGACAUGGGGAAUGGAGCACUCAGCUCGUGUGCUCGGUCCAGCCGAAAGGAAAAAGCUUUGGCACCAUAGGUUUCAAUCUGAAUGACAUACAAGUUAUCUGUAUAGUUGUCAAAUACUGAUGUGGGGUUGGUUUGAACUCUGGAAUGUGUAUAUCUAAUGUUCAAUUUGAAGUAUGAAAUGGUUGGUUUUGCAA